AUGGAAACACCAAAGCAAGCAACAUGGUUGGUGAGAAAAAUAUUUCAUGCUAGACACUGGUUUGAUGACCUCGGGGAUCCGAACAAAUUCAGCAAAGGGGAGAACUUCAAUAUAAAGCAUGCAUAUACCUCCUUCAGGCCUCAGCUUCCCAAAGUUCAAUGGAGAGCCUUAGUUUUACUCAAAGAUGUUAUUCCCAGAAAGCAAUUUAUCUUAUGGAUGGCAGUACAGAAUAUGUUAGCAACAACUGAUAGGUUAGUUACCUGGAUAAUUCAAGUGGAUCCACUAUGCAAGCUCUGCUCGAUUGGGGAUAUAGAAACACAUAAACAUCUGUUUUAUGAAUGCACAUACUCUAGGUCCAUAUGGCACUUCCUCCUAAACUGGAUAGGCAUCAGGAAACAGAUUGGAGAAUGGGCUGAUGAAGUUAGAUGGAUGGCUAAACGAGUGAACAAUAAAAAUCCCAAAUGGGCUAUAUUGGGGUUUGUCUUUAUAGCGGUUGUCUAUCACGUGAAAGAAAUGCAAGAAGCUUCCAACAACAUAGAAGAAGGAACAUUGAGAGGACAAGAGAAAUAG